AUGGCUUCAUCCGGCCAGCAGGGUUCAGCUCCGCGCCGUCCUGCUGUCGGACGUGUCGCCAGCAUGGACUUGGACGGUGCUUCCGAUCGCCAGCGCGGACCUGGCUCUUCCCAGGGUAGUGUCUCUGGUGCCCAGGCUGGCGGUUCUCAGCGCGGUAGUGCCCCUACUAGUCCUGCUCGCUCCCGAGCUGGUAGUGCCUCUACUUCGGAUGCAGGCCCUGGACCUUUUCACAAAGGCUCUGGAGUCGACCCUGCAUUCGAUCCCAACGAUCCCAGAUCCUCUCGCGUGCAGAUGAGCGACACUGAGCUCAUUGGAAAGCGCGUUGACUUGCCUGCUGAGGCUUUCUCGUCUUCCACCGUUGCCCACCCCUUCGUCAAGCGACCGGCUUUCAACACCAGUUCCAAGCCUAUCUCGGUCCAGCUCAAUCUCUUUUCUGUUACCAACCUUCCCGCUGGAGACAUCUACCAGUACGAUGUCGUUGUCAGCCCCAAUCCCAAGGACAGCAAGGCCUUGGUGAAGAAGGUCUGGAACUCUCAGGCUGUUCAGCAAUGGGUCAAGAGCACUGGCAGCAAGUGGCUCUACGAUGGUCACAAGCUGGCCUGGAGCACAAAGACCCUCUCUCGCGGCGAGCACCGCAUCACUGUAGAUCUGGACAAGGAGGCCGGCAAGCCUCCCGGUGGCAACAAUACUGUCUACUAUUUCCAGAUCAAGGCCACAACGACUAUUCGCAUGCAGAUGCUCACUGCAUACCUUCAGCAGAAGGCUCAGUGGGACACGCAUGUUCUUGAGUGCAUGAACUUUCUGGACCAUGUCAUGCGUCAAUGGCCGAGUGAGCGCAUGGAACUCAUCAAGAGAAAUUUUUAUCCUCGUGAUGGACAGGAAUUUCGCCUGGACGACAUGAUUGUCGUCCGCAAGGGAACCUACUCGGCCUUCAGACUUGGCCAAUCUGAGCUCGGAAGCCCCUCGGUUGGCUUGAGCCUGAAUGUCGACGUUGCCAAUACGGCCUUCUGGCUGGGUGGUCAGACUUUUGCCAAGCUAGCCCAGUAUGUUUGCGCGCCUCCGGCUACUCGCCGCCUCGAUUCUACAAUGCCCAUGGGCAAGCUAGCCGACCUGCUUCGCCCGAAGAAGGUCCAAGACAAACUUGGCAACACACGCUUCAUUCAGUCAGACGACUUCAAGAAACUCCGCCGUCUCCUCCGCUUGUCAUUCCACGUAACUCACGUUGGCAAGGAGCACAACCCCCGCGUCUACAAGGUCGCUCGCAUCAUCUUUGAUGAGAAGUAUGGAAAGAAUGGCGCAGACUCUUUUGCAGUCACCUUCGUCAAGAAGGACAAGAAGACUGGCAAAGAGGAGAAGCCUAUCAGCAUCUAUGAUCAUUGGUUGAACAAGUAUGGACGCCUCGGCUAUCCUGAUCUUCCCAUGGUCGAGACCAGCCGCAACGGAAUUUUCCCAAUGGAGGUGUGCAAGCUGGUGCCUUUCCAGCGCUACGCAUACAAGCUCGAUCCAGAUCAGACAGCCCAGAUGAUCAAGAUCGCCGUCAGCCGGCCCAAGUCUCGCAGAGAUGACAUAAUGAAUGGCGUUGAGCAUCUUCAGUGGGACAAGGACCCUUACUUCCGCGAGUACGGUGUCAGGGUCCAGAAGUCCAUGGUCAUUUCGAAGGCCCGUCUCAUCCAAAACCCCGAUGUUCUUUUCGGUGGCGGAGUCAAGAUUGACCCCAAGGUCAGUGGCCGCUGGGAUUUGCGUGGAAAGAAGUUCAUUGAGCCAAAUCCAACUCCCCUGGUCUCCUGGGGCUUCAUUGGUUGCGGUAUGAAUGACGGACACGCUGUCGAGAAGGAUGCACUGAAGGCAUUCGCACAGACCUUUGUGCGAAUCUACAAGGGCCAUGGUGGCAGGAUCCAGAAGGACCCAUAUGUCCAGGUGUACCCUUACAACGUACCGUACAAUGAGAUGUGCGACCGAGGCUUCAGAGAGACAGGCAUGAACGCCAAGGCUCAGCCCCAGAUUCUCUUCUUCGUUGUGAGCACUCGCAACUCGCUCGUAUACGAACGCCUGAAGAAGAACAUGGAUUGCCGCGUCACUCUUGUCAGUCAGGUCUUGCUGGCUGACCAUGUUCGCAAGAACAAUGCACAGUAUUGCAGCAAUGUCGCCAUGAAGGUCAACGCAAAGUUAGGUGGUGCAACCUGCCAAUCUGUGCCCGCUGGCGCAAAGGCCGGCUUUUCAUUCUUUGCCGCACCAACCAUGAUCCUGGGCAUGGACGUAUCGCACGCUUCACCAGGUUCCAACAUGCCUUCUAAGGCUGCAAUGACCAUGUCGAUUGAUAAGACUGCCACGAAGUACUGCUCCACUGUUCAGACGAAUGGCUACCGUGUCGAGGUUGUUCAACCUCAAACUAUGCACUUCCUGUUCUCAAGAAUGAUGAAUCACUGGAAGGCCAAGAUUGGAUGCUCUCCCCAGCAUGUCUACUACUUCCGCGACGGUGUUGCUGAAGGACAAUUCAACCAUGUCAUUGACAUCGAGAUCAAUGAGCUGAAGCGCAUGUUCCGAGAGGCCAAGUUUGAGGUUCCUCGCUUCACAGUAAUUGUUGCAACAAAGCGUCAUCACAUCCGCUUCUUUCCCAAGCCCGGUGACCAGAGUGCUGGCGACAGGAAUGACAACCCACUGCCUGGCACACUGGUUGAGAGGGAUGCCACUCAUCCCUUCCAUUUUGACUUCUAUCUCUCCUCCCACGUCGCCAUUCAGGGCACCGCCCGACCUGUGCACUACAGUGUCAUUCUUGACGAGGCCAACAUCCCAGUCGACAAGCUGCAGCAAAUGAUAUAUCAUCAAUGCUACCAAUACAUUCGGUCUACGACCCCAGUCUCUCUACACCCGGCCGUGUACUACUCUCACCUGGCUUCUCUUCGUGCUCAGGCACACGAAGAUAUCGCCGCCGAGCUCAAAGAGGUGCCGACUGGCAAGGCUGGAUUCCCUCUCCGUAGGCCUGAGUCAGCCUAUUCUGGCGGCAAACCUCCUACAGAGGCUCCUCGACUUACUCCCAUGGGAUUGCCGGGCGGAAACCUCGAAAUGAUCAAGGCGAUCAACACUACCAUGUGGUUCAUCUAG